CAUUCGGACGUGGGACGUGGGGGAUGACGUACUUUUUGGCUCCGUUUCAGUUUCUCGACUGUUUUGCAUUUUGUUUCCUCAUGAACAUGAAAUUUUUUUUUACCUUUCCUUUUAAAGAAGUCACCAGUCUAUUUUAUCGUGUCCAAGUGGAGGUAUGAAGUCCCUCUGGAGGUUAAGAUUCUAUAAAUACAGCCAUCUUCAUAGUAACAACAACAUCAACAUCAAAAUGUCCCAUCAAAAAUGCUUCUCAUCAGGUGCUCCAAGAAGAUACAGUUACUAUGUGGCACCCAUGAUCGUAGCAGAACCAACAAGGGGACUUGUGGAUGAACUAAUCAGACUUAAGAUUACAUAUUUAAUGCCCAACCGACAAGUUACUUUACAAUCAAAGUUGCUGUCUGAGGAUGCCGAUUGGUGGGAGGCAUAUGCCCAUUAUGUCAGUGAUUCAGAAGGAAUUGUUCGAGUUAGCAGAGACAAGUCGUUUGGAGGCACGUACAAGGGCCAGGAACCGAUGGGCUUAAUAUGGAGCAUGAAGCUUGCGCCUGGUAGUCGUCCUGGAAUGCGACUGAGGAAGAAGGAUGUGACAGUUCCUUAUUUGAUAACCAUUUCUGUGUAUGAUGGAUGGAUUUCCAUGAAUUUUGACAAACGGGCAGUAUUGGCAUCAGUUGUAUUAGAGCGUUUUUAUAUGGCGCCAGGCGUUACUCGGAUAGAGCUCAAUGAGGAACCUGUAAUUGGAACAAUGUUCUUUCCUCCAGGACCUGGACCAUUUCCUGCCAUUUUAGACAUGUGGGGUGGUGGUGGAGGUCUUGUUGAAUACCGUGCAGCUCUUCUUGCAUCACGAGGAUUUGCAACCUUCGCUUUGGCUUACUUGGGACAUAAGAAUGUCCCACGGUCAUUGCAAACAUUUGACCCAAACCUCUCUUACUUCAAGGAGGCCUUCAACAUUCUUAAUAACCAUGCAAAGGUUUCAAAAGGCAAUGUUGCCAUUUUGGGACUCUCACUUGGAUUCACACUUGCACUCCUAAUGGCAACGGAGAUCCCAAAUAUUCAUCCAAAGUGCUUAGUCUGCAUUAGUGGAAGCCAUUAUAAAGGUCUUCUGGAAGGACAACCGGUCAUAUUUCCUGAUUUUCACAAGGAUGAAAACAAAAUUAAGAUUACAGAAGAUGGUAGUGUGAUAUGGAGAAAUAUUCCUUUGCCAUUCCCAGAUGAUCCAAAGCGCAUGGUUCAGGUUGAUAAAAUCAGAUGCCCCAUGAUGCUUAUUUUUGGAGAAGAUGAUCAGAACUGGCCUGCACCUGAAUCAGCUGUGGAGAUCCAGAAGGUGUUGAAAGCUGCAGGAAAGGAACACUUGCUCACAACACUGGCAUACCCUCAGACUGGACAUCUGAUUGAGCCUCCAUAUAGCCCCCACUUCAGAAAAUCCAAGUUUAAGGUGCCUUCUUCAGACAAAGCGGUGACUGUUUUGUGGGGAGGAGAAGCUAAACCUCACUCGGAUGCUCAAGAGGAUUCCUGGAAAAAGAUCCUUGUAUUUCUAGAAGAGCACCUUGUGUCUCACCACCCAGUUGCUGUCACUCAAUCCAAACUAUACUCAGGAUCCGCCACCUUCCUAGUCACAUCACACCCAGGAGGAAGAGAUGGAGGACAUGACCCCACCAGUGAUGAGGAAGCAUUGUCACUUGUUCUGACCACUGCAGUCACCAGCUCAGACUCUCAGACUACUCUCAGACUAGUGCUCUUACCUUACAAUGUAUUACAGAGAUGGGAUAUGCACGUGGUGAGUCACCAAGGAAACUGGACUGCAGACAGGACAAGGAGAAAGGGUAACACAUAUGCUAACUCAAAACGGGCAAGGUCACAUGCUAGGACUUGGCAGUUCUCCUCUCAACUUUUCAACUUUCCCCCAGUAUUAUACCCCAGAGCUUCAGAUUGUGUCAGUGGCUUUUAAGAUUGUCAAUAUAUU